AUGAGCGACUUCAGAACCGGGCCUGCGGGAAUUGAAGCCAAUGUUGAGAGACUCUUGAAGUUUCGCAAGGCGCUUUCCGAAAAGUACCCUGCCGUAGACGACCACACUGCUGUUGGCGGCCUUUGCUGGGGAGGUAAGGUCGCAGUCAUCGCAGCCGGGCCAGGAAACGAGGGCCUCGGAAGGAAGUUCACAGCGAGCUGGACAGCGCACCCAGGUGGACUGGACGCCAAGGAUGGCGAGGCUCUCACAGUUCCACACAUCUUGCUCGCUUCGCCAGGCGAGCCGGCAGAUGUCGUUGCAAAGUACAAAGAGAUCCUCUCACAGCCAGGCAAGGUAGGCCAUGUCGAGACUUACGGAGACAUGUUCCACGGAUGGAUGGGCGCCAGAGCCAAGCUGAAUGACGAGACCAACGCUCGGCAGUAUGAAAAGGGCUAUAAGCAGGUGGCCGAGUUUCUUGCCAAGUAUAUUUGA